ACACCCACUCCUUCCCCGCAUUCCACCCUCCCAUGUCUGCCACCACUCUCCUCGCCGAUAUUCGCAGCCGCGUCGUCGUAGACGUGGAUUCAAAUGACUCUGCCGUCGCCGCUCGCCACACAGACGGUACAGUCAAAUUCUGCGACAUGACCUCUAAUCAAGCCAUCGUACACGGCGAGGCGACUAGGCCUGAGCAGAAAGCCCUUCUUCUCAAGGCCAUCGACAGCGGUCGUACGGAAAAUGCGCAAGCUAUCGAUGACCACCUUGUCGACAACAUCAUCGAUCACUUUACAGUACUGUUGGCCACGACCGUAUAUCCUUACCUCACCGGGAGCGUGCAUGCCCAAACGUCGCCUGCCUUUGCCUAUGAUACUGAGAAGACUGUCGCGCAUGCUAAGCGCUUGGUUUCUAUCUAUGAGGCGAAUGGGAUUCCCAAAUCUAGAGUAUGUAUCAAAAUUCCGUCGACUCCUGAGUCGAUUGUCGCGUGUCAGUACCUUGAGAAGAUCGGUAUAAGGACUCUCGCCACUUGUCUCUUCUCUGUCCCACAAGCUGUGGCCGCCUCACAGGCUGGCUGUCUUUAUGUUGCACCAUACUUCAACGAGCUCCGCGUACAUUUUGAGCCUUCUUUGUGGCGUGAAUACAAAGACACUGCGUCCGAACAUCCAAUGGCUAUCGUCAUUUAUGACAUCGUCGAGACGUACAAACGCAUCGGGUCGAAGACUCUAGUGAUGCCUGCCAGUAUCGUCACCGCUGCUGAGGUCUCCGCGCUUGCUUCACUUCAUCCCGACCACCUCACCCUCUCCGGCUCAGUCCUCGACCAACUCGCCGCCCUACCCGCUCCAUCUCCGUCUGAAUCAGCCGCACAAGUUACCUUGACCCCGGAAGCUCAAGAACCUGAAACCCAGCGCCCCUCGGUCGAGUUAUCCGCCCCACCCGCGUCCGCUGAGACAGCAGACGGUUCGACCAAGGACCGAGUAUCGAGCACUUCCUCUUUCCCGGACUACCUGGCUUCAUCUGCCGCUCCCCUCCGCGAAGCGCUCGCGGUCGACGCUGAAAGUACCCGGAAGCUGGCCGAUGCGCUGAAAAUUUUCGGCGAAAUGGAAAGUAAGCUGAGGGAAAUCAUCAAGGCGGAGCUGACGAAGGCGUGAAGUCAAGGGAUGUUGCUGUAUAUAGAUUGAAAAAGUCUGGGGAAAGUUGUACGACAUCACUGUGGAUUGCUCGCCUGCUCUCCUGAGCCAUGAAAAUAUCUGAGGUUCGGACCGUGGAGUUUACGUCGCGCUUCUUUGUUCGAGAUUACACGGCGGCUAGACAAAUGUACAGCUUAUUGCGGUGGAUUCCCUCCACAUCAGUGCAGAACAGGCAUUAAUUGGAGGCAACUUCAAAUCG